ACACACACACACACACAAUGUCCCUCAUAAGCUGCGGCUUUCUCGCAUAACUCCAAUGCCGCGGCUGCCAACCGGUGCAACAACCUGAGCAACAAGGACAACAUCAACGACCCAGGGUUUUCACUCCGUCGCCCAACCAUGGGCAAGCUGUAAGUUACAAGUGACAUCAGUUGGGCAGCCAGCCACACCAAAGCGUCACGCAGUCACACACGAUCCCGUGGCAAAUCACCUGAGGCGACGCGCGCUCUCAGCCGCGUCCACGCACCGUCCGACGCCAACCCAUCGACUCUCUCCGCUCACGCUGACCCUGGCCUGCGCAGCCUCUCCUCCAAGCCAGAGAAAAUGGCCAACGAGUCGACGCCCCUCAUCCAGACCGUCCGCGUAGGCCCUCCGCGGAGGAGAUACCCGCACCAGACGUGCCGCCGCUUCUGCACCCUCGCCUGCACAUGCGUCCUCAUCUUUGGCUUCAUCAGCUUCGCUCUCCACGCCUUCCUCCUCUGGCCCUACCAUUAUCAUCACGGGCAUCACAGCCACCACGCCUUAUCCAGGCACGACGGCAAAUCGCUGUCCCAUGAGAAGCUCAAGUCCAUCUUGCUCGAUACGCCUUCGGCCAAGCACGCCAGGGAAUGGAGCAAGUACUACACAUCGGGACCCCACCUGGCCGGACAGAACUUGUCACAGGCCGAAUGGACCAGGGACAAAUGGCAGGGCUGGGGCGUCAACUCCGAGGUCGUUGCCUAUGACGUCUACAUCAACUACCCCGUUGACCACAGCCUGUCAUUGCUAUCCAGGUCUGGAAAGGCAAAGUCCUGGACCGUUGACUUCGAGGCCUCCCUGACCGAGGACGUGCUGGAGGAAGACCCAACGACGGCACUCGACGACCGAGUGCCCACCUUCCACGGCUAUUCCGCGAGCGGGAACGUGACCGCACCCUUCGUCUACGUCAACUACGGUACCUACCGUGAUUUCGAGGACCUGGUCGAGGCCGGCAUCGACCUCAAGGGCAAGAUUGCCAUCGCCAAAUAUGGCGGCGUCUUUCGGGGCCUCAAAGUGAAGCGAGCGCAAGAGCUCGGCAUGGUCGGCACCCUAAUCUACAGCGACCCCGGCGACGACGGCAAGUACACGGAAGAGAAAGGCUACAAGCCGUAUCCAGAGGGCCCUGCUCGAAACCCAAGCAGCGUGCAGCGCGGUAGCGUGCAGUUUCUCAGCGUGCGCCCAGGUGACCCCUCAACACCUGGUUAUCCGUCCAAGCCGGGUGCUCCCCGGGCACCGGUGCACGACUCCACUCCCUCUAUCCCCUCCAUCCCCAUUUCAUACGCCGAUGCAGUCCCUAUCCUUAAGGCCCUCAAUGGCCACGGCCCCAACGCAACCAAGUUCAACAAGUAUUGGAACCGAAACCUCGGUCUCUCCCACAAGGGCGUCGAGUACAACGUCGGACCGUCGCCAGACAAUGUCGUGCUCAACCUGUACAACGAGCAGGAGUACACCACAACCCCCCUUUGGGAUGUCAUCGGCGUUGUGAAUGGCACCAUCCCCAAUGAGGUCAUCGUGGUCGGAAACCACCGAGACGCUUGGAUUGCCGGCGGGGCGGCCGAUCCCAACAGCGGCUCCGCCAUCCUCAACGAGGUGAUCCGCAGCGUGGGCAAGGCCGUCGACGCGGGCUGGAAACCCCUCCGCACCAUCGUCUUUGGCAGCUGGGACGGCGAAGAGUACGGCCUGGUCGGAAGCACCGAGUGGGUAGAGGAGUUCUUGCCGUGGAUCACGGAUGCCAACGUGGCCUACAUCAACGUGGACGUCGGCGCGUCGGGCCCCAGGUUCCACGCUGCGUCUGCCCCCCUGCUCAAUAAGGUCCUUCGCGAGGCCACCAAGAUGGUUCCCUCCCCCAACCAGACCACCGAGGGCCAGACCGUCGGAGACGUGUGGGACGGCAAGAUCAGCACCAUGGGCAGCGGCAGUGACUUCACGGCCUUCCAAGACUUUGCCGGCGUCCCCUGCAUCGACAUGGGCUUCAAGCAGGCCCCCGAUAGCCCCGUCUACCAGUACCACAGCAACUAUGACAGCUUCUAUUGGAUGGAACAGUACGGCGACCCGGGCUUCAAGUAUCACGAGGCCAUGGCGCGAGUCCUCGGCGUUCUGCUGGCCGAGCUGUCCAACACCAUCGUCAUUCCCUUCGGCGCCACCGAAUACGCCGACGCCCUCGACGGCUACCUCGAUCAGGUCGAGGAGCGCCUCCACGGGACCGCCGCCGCGGCGCAUGAGCCCGCCACGUCCGACGCCGACCUCUUCGCGCUGCGCGGCGCGCUAAUCCCCACCGGCAGGGAGGCGACGGGCAGCUCCGACGCCUUCGAGGAGAGCCUCCGUACGGUCCGCCGCUCGCUCGCCGCGCUGCGUGUCCGCGCCGCCGAGCUCGACGAUCGCGCCGCCUGGGCCAACCGCAAGCUCGACCGCGGCGUCCCCUGGUGGAACAUUGUCGGCAAGAUCAAACUCUGGCUCACCAUCGCAAAGGUCAACGCCCAGUACAAGUUCUUGGAGCGCCAGUUCCUCUUCGAGGGCGGCCUCGACAGCCGCAGCUGGUUCAAGCACGUCGUCUUUGCGCCCGGCCUGUGGACCGGCUAUGCUGGAGCCGUGUAUCCCGGUCUGAUGGAGAGCAUCGACGCCAAGGACUACAACAAUGGCCUCAAAUGGGCCGGCAUCAUCGACCGCUGCGUCGUCAAGGCUUCUGAGAGCAUCAAGUAGCUCUGCCGAAGGAAAUAUAUCUGUUUGUGAGCCGGUCAAUGUAGAAUGGUGCCCAAUCAGGGCAGUCAGUAGUGCUUUGCAUCAAUCGCAUCUUGGGCCCGCCGAGAAAGCGCGUUUUGGCUAAUUGAUAAUUGAUCAAAGAUCAAGAUCAAGACAUUAUGUUUCAUUCUCUUUGCUGAAAAGUAGCAUCGUCUAAACAUGUCGUCUACCCAAGCAGAACCAUCAGUGACCCGAGACGCCCCAACGCCCU